GUUUUACAAAGGAAUGUAUAUCAGCAAAAUUAAAGCAUGAAAAAUAGUAUCACGAAUGUCCUUCUUCUUCUACCCUUUCCAAUAAGGGCAGGGCACACUGCGCACAACAAACUGCGCAGGUCCACCGUGAUCACUUGUGUUUACAAAAAAGCUCUGCUCCAAAUCAAAAUUCGUCGGAGAAAUCUAGUGCAGCUCGUGGAAAAAGUUGUCCGACCUCUCCUCGCCGUUUUCGCCACCCGACUUUUUUCCUGCAGAUUCAGCGUCAUGGCCAAUGCUGAGAACUGGAAAAGCGCAUCGUCCAUUUACGAUUUCACGGUCAGGGACAUCAAAGGCAACGAAGUUCCACUUGAGAAAUACAAGGGCCAUGUUUGCAUCAUUGUGAACGUCGCCUCCAAAUGUGGCCUCACCGCCACGAACUACAAGGAGUUGGAAGAGUUGCGUGAAAAGUACCACGAGAGCAAGGGCCUGAGGAUUUUGGCCUUUCCCUGCAAUCAGUUUGGAGGCCAGGAACCUGGCAGCUCCGAGGACAUUGUCUGCUUUGCGAUGAAGAACAACGCCAACUUUGACUUGUUUGAGAAGGUAGAUGUCAACGGAGACAGUGCCUCACCCCUUUGGAAAUAUUUGAAGCACAAGCAGGGUGGAACUCUUGGAGACAGUUUCAUCAAAUGGAACUUCACCAAGUUUGUGAUUGACAAAAAUGGCCAGCCGGUUGAGCGACAUGCACCGACCACGGAGCCAUCGAAAUUUGAGAAGAAUUUGGAGAAAUAUUGGUAGAGGCGUGCAAAACAUGCAAAGUUCACAUCUGUUGCUUGGUGCCAUUGAUUAAUUAUUUUAUGCGAUGUUAUAACUUUUCCAAACAGUAGAUGUGUGAUUAAAGCCAAAUAGUAGUUUUUCAUCCUUGUUGCAAGACUGCAAAUUUUCACUAUGUAGCACUGCAGAAUUUUUUCACGGAUCCUUUUAGUCUGUCUUUUAACAUCACCCACCGUUUUACAGAAAUUGUUGGCAUUGAAAAGAAGAAAAAGUGCAUUUGUGUUUUGUUGAUUAACAUUGAUUAAUAAAAAUCUUCUUUCUCUGCUACUGA